AGAAGAAAUAAAAAAAAACCCGAUAAGGCCAAUGCGUUUUCCUUUAAAUAGUCAUCAGAAAAACUCGAGAUCCCUAACGCAACAUUAGAUGGCUUCUUCCGAGCUGUCGCUGAUCCUCCCUAGAGUACUCAUUGUCUCUCGCCGGACCGUCCGCAAGAACAAAUUCGUCGACUUUGUCGGGGAGUAUCAUCUUGAUCUCAUCGUCGGCUAUGGCGCCGUACCGGUGAUCGUUCCUCGUGUCUCCGGCGUCCACAUGCUGCUCGAAAGCUUCGAGCCGAUCCACGGCGUGCUUCUCUGCGAGGGGGAGGACAUCGACCCCUCCUGCUACGAGGCCGAGAUCUCCGGGCUCUCCCCCGAGGAGCUCGACGAGAUUCGCCGCCUCCACGCGAGCGACACCGCCAUCGACCGAGAGAAGGACUCCAUCGAGCUCCGCCUCGCCAGGCUCUGCCUCGAGCGCAACAUCCCCUACCUCGGCAUCUGCCGCGGCUCGCAAGUCCUCAACGUCGCCUGCGGGGGCUCGCUGUACCUGGACGUCGAGAAGGAGCGAAAGAAGGAGGGCAAGGAAGCGGCGGUGCACAUCGACUACAGCAACUACGACGGUCACCGGCACGCGGUGAGGGUGGUGGAGAGCACUCCGUUGCACUCUUGGUUUCGGGAAUCGUUGGAGGAUGGGAAGAUGGAGCUCAUGGUGAACAGCUAUCACCACCAGGGGGUUAAGAGAUUGGCCGAGCGCUUCGUCCCGAUGGCCCAUGCGCACGAUGGAUUGGUCGAGGGGUUCUACGAUCCCGACGCGCACAAUCCCGAGGAGGGCAAGUUUAUCAUGGGAUUGCAAUUUCAUCCCGAGCGAAUGAGGCGGCCUAGCUCGGAUGAAUUCGAUUAUCCAGGAUGCCCAAAGGCUUAUCAGGAAUUCGUUAAGGCGGUGAUUGCUUAUCAGAAGAAGCUGAACAGCUCUGCCAAUCUAAAAGACGAACCCAGGCUGGAUCAAGAAAUGGAGAAGAAAAGGAAGAUCAUUGUUCGAAGCUUUUCUAUUGCCAAGAAUUUGUAUAAUGGGAGGCCAGACAUGCCUCCAUCCAAAGAGUCAGAUCUCGAAGCUGGAGCUGAAUUCCUUGAGUUGAACACAGUGCUGAGCUUGCAGCAAGAGAAGAGGUUGAAGCAGAUGGGUGCGACCGUAAGGAAUGCAUCAUCCUAUCUGCAGAGACUAAAGAUGAAUGAGGAGAGGGAGAUGGCUGCGAGGAAUGUAAUGGGGAAGAUGUCUAUAGAGCAGCUGUCCGAACUCCUUUCCUUCUACCGCAUGAUGGGGCAGAUUUGCUCAGAGGUGUUGGAGAACAAACUCAAGGCUACAUCAACUUGAGGAAGGAAAACACUCUUAACGUUUUUUUAUUUCUUCAUCAUAAAAGCUCCUGUAUUUGUUGUUGUAAACUUGUGUGGAGUUCCAACCAUGUUUGUUUCUUGUUCCCGUCAUGCUUCUUUAUCUCUCUUUUCUUGUUAGUUUUAUAUAUGCUUCCCAAAGAGACUGAUGACUACUAAUGUGUAUAAUUCAUCCACUUGUACUGUCAGGUACUGAAUUUAUCUUGUAUGCAAUUUCAGGGGAGGAUCUAAAAACAAAAUAUGUAAAAGUUAAGAUACUUCCCUCA